ACUCAAACUCCCAAAUGUCGCAAAGAUGCGCAGCGCAGGGGUCUACAUCUCCGGUGCCCUUUACGCAAUCGGGUUCUGGUUCUUCAUAGACGCCGUCAUCUACUCCAAAACGGUCAAUGCUUCUGUCGUCCAUGUCACGUUUGUGGAUUGGAUCCCCGCUAUCUGUUCCACUCUCGGGAUGCUCAUUGUGAACUCGAUUGAAAAGUCACGUCUCUUGAACGAUGCCCUUGCGUCCUCUUCGUUUGCCGGGUCUCCCCAAACCAUCUGGCAGGCGCGCAUUAUCUUGUUCCUCGGCUUUGCCUUGUUGGCCGGUGGGUUGGCCGGCUCGGUUGUUGUGUUGAUUUUGAAGUUUUUGAUGGAGCGGUACACCUACCCAACCUUGGGUAUGGGUGUUUCGAAUGUGAUCUGCAACGUCUGCAUCAUGUUGAGUUGCGUGGUGUUAUGGAUUGUCCAGAACGUUGAAGACGAGUACAGCUACAGCUUGAGCUUGUAAGCCCGAGCUAUUUUGAUUAACGAUAUCUUGGAGACUGCAACCGUUCAAGAAACCAUCAAGCUCUCACAGAUUUAUGUCAUCCUGCCCGAUCACUGUUAAGAUACCCAGGAUGUUUGUGUCUUCUCCUUGCCACUUAUGGCGUUGGGUUAUAUUCCCGGUAUUCACGAUAAGAUUGAUAGCUCUCUUAACCUCUAUGUAUUGACUCAAUAUAGGUAUCAAACUAUUG